AUCAUCGAUCGUGAUCGGGCCGAGAAACGGAAGCCAAUUUGUUUUGGCGGUGAUGUUUGAAUGUGAAAUCCGAAGGACCUGCAUGUCUUGGAGCUGGCCGUAUGCCCAAUAUGCCCCAUACUGUACAGAAGCACUGUCACUGUAUUUGACAGGGAAGAUCAAACUUGUAUAAUGAUGUAUUGAAGGCUGUAGCAUGAGAAGUCAGUUGUUCACACCUCAGCCAGAUCUUACUAAACCAACCAGUCACCAGGACAGCCCAAUGCCUCCAUCAGUCAAGGGAGUUAACUGUCGCGUUCCCAGAGCAAAUGCCAAGGGCGUUGUUGUCAUUGUGGCGGACCCAAGACGAAGGGCCUGCAGUGAAGAAGAGAGGAAUUUUGUGAAGUCACAGCCAACUACAAUCAAAGCUGGAUAUCCGCUAAGGUUGUUACUGCCAGAGACAGCUAGCGCUCCCACUGGUUGCCCAUGGAUCUACCCCCUGACUUAUGGCGGAGGGCUGGUGGGUGGGGAUAGCGUUGAACUCAACAUCACUGUCAGAGAAAACUGCUGCGCUUUACUCACAUCGCAGGAAUCCUCAAAGGUCUAUCAUUGCGAUGGUGACAAGGUGUCCAGUCAAACAUUAAAUGUGACAAUACACGAUGGUGGUCUGAUGUGUGUCCUUCAAGAUCCAGUUGUCUGCUUCAAAGAUGCCAACUACACUCAAACUCAGGUGGUUAACAUGGGUUGCCAUGGUAACCUAGCGCUCCUUGACUGGUAUCUGGCAGGAAGAGUAGCUCGAGAUGAAUCAUGGGAGUUCCACAGGUUUGUGAACAGACUGGAUGUAGUGGUGGACAGUGAAUUGGUACUGAGGGAGCAUGCUGAUAUGAGGGACACCCCAAACAUGACUCUCAAGGUUGCCAUGGGCAGGUGGCAGGUGAUGGCCACAUUUGUGAUGCUAGGUGAGAAACUCAAGGACAUCAGUUCUGAGCUGUACACAAGGUUUGGUCUGCCUCAGGAGUUUGGAAGCUCUUACAGAAGUAAUUGCAUGGUGUCAGCGACAAAACUCUCCUAUGAUGUCCGUGGUCAACAAAUUAGUGGUGUCCUUAUCAAAGUGAUGGCUCACACAACAGUACAGGCUUUUGCUGAAAUCAAGGAAAUGGUCGAUCCGCUAAUACCCAUUGUGGGAGGGAACCCAUUUGUAAGAAAAUACUGAAUGGGAAGAUCAUGGGAGAACUGUGGAGGAAGAUCAUGGGAGAACUGUGGAGGAAGAUCAUGGGAGAACUGUGAAGGAAGGUCAUGGGAGAACUGUGGAGGAAGGUCUUGGGAGAACUGUGGAGGAAGAUCAUGGGAGAACUGUGGAGGAAGAUCAUGGGAGAACUGUGGGGGAAGAUCAUGGGAGAACUGUGGAGGAAGAUCAUGGGAGAACUGUGGAGGAAGAUCAUGGGAGAACUGUGGAGGAAGGUCAUGGGUGAACUGUGGAGGAAGAUCAUGGGAGAACUGUGGAGGAAGAUCAUGGGAGAACUGUGGAGGAUUCAGUCACCAGUAGGAGGAUUCAUUUUACUCCUUGGCCUGUUGUGGUUGGUUAGCUUCCACAGGGAAAAUGCAGGGACAAACUGUUUGAAGUGGCUUCAUGUUCUACCAUAUUGUCUGCCAUUAGUCUGAUUUGACCAUUACAUGACAGAAGCGUUUAAAGGUGAUACAUAAAUGGUCUAACUGCAGCCGAUCAGACACUGAUAACGUAUGAAGGAUGUGCAUUAGGUUUAUGAUCUUGUUAGGUGGUGACAACUGGAAUGCUGACAGUAUACCAAUUCUAUUCACCCAUCACGCAUCCUGACUGACCACUGGAGUUGAAUCAGUGAGAGCGUGAUUCCCUCAUUCCCUGAUCAGCUGCAGUUAGACCAUCUCUUUAUGGUCGUGGGUUUCUUCCCAGGCUUAGCAUGGUUUCCACCCACCAUAAUGCUGGCUGCCGUCAUGUAAAUGAAAUAUUCUUAAGUGCGACGAAAACACCAAUGGAAUAAGUAAAUAGAUACAUAAACUGUGGAUGUAUUCAUAUUCAUGUGUAUAAGUUAAGUGUAAGUGAAAAAUUGUUGGGGAUGCCCAUUUAAUAAAAUCAA